AUCAUCCUUUGCUGCACCCACGGGCACUCCCAACACCAAACCCAAGAGGAAUCCUGCAUCGAGCGCAUCUCGACAAUCGGCGGUUAGUCGGCCAUUUACCCGCAUAAGUCCCCAAAGCGGGAAGGCAAUUCACGAUCCGACGCCCAAAUGUGUGCACCGGCGAGGGUGGUCUGCCGUCCUCUUCGCGGGUCUGCAGCACGACUCUCCUCGGCAGCAGCCGGCGGAGCUCCCUCCUUUCCACAGCCAUGGGGUUCCUCACCAGGGAUUGAAAGACUGUGCUGCCCGGCAGCGCCCGCCGUCCAUAUCUCAACCACAGCUCAGCCGCCACGCACCUCUUCCUUGCCAGCAAAGAGCUUGUCAACGUUCCGAGAACCCGUCGCCGAUCCGACAACGCCCCCCGAACUCACCCUCUUCACUUCGCACCCGCCGCUCCUCUCCCCGGAGUCAGGAAACAAUAAACCUCCUGACGAGCGAAAGGUCAAGCUCGGCAAGACCCUCCGCAUCCUCCAAGCGCAUCUGCCCACCCUCCUGCAGUCCCCGCCGCCACAGCAGAUCCUCUCGCCCUCCAUCACCCUGCACCUCUUCCCCUCGACGCACCCGCACCUGCCGACCGUCUCGGGCCGCGUCGCGUACACGGCGGCGCUGUGGUCGUCGCCGAUCGCCUGGAACCGCGUGCCGCUGGUGGGCAACGUGCGCCUCGAGAUCCUGAGCGAGCGGAUGGUCGACACGCCCGUCUACUACCCCAGCGGCGGGCGCGGCGGGCGCCGGCCGGAGGGCGCGAUGCCCGAGCAGCUGAUCGUGCGGUGGCGCACGGUCGGCGGCGGCGGCGGGAAGUUGCGCAAGUGGUGGUUGGGGUUCGGGUCCGGGUCUGAGUCUGGGUCUAAGGGUGCGAAGGAGGCCGGGAAGACCGCGAGUGGCGAUGAGAUGGCGGGCGGGAAAGGGAAGCAUGAGGCGAUUGAUGGGGCGCGACACGGGGGCUCGACAGCGGCGGAACACAGUGAGACGGAGGUCAAGGCACCCGUCGGGAUGGCGCAGCCCGUUGGGUCGAGCAAGGAGUUUACGGGGUUGUUCAUUUUCGAUUUCGACAACGAGGGCAGGAUACUGAGCCACACCAUCGAGCAUGUGCAGGAAGGUGGUCAGUGGGAGAAGGGAGUCGGCGCCAAGGUGGUGGGCUUGACGGAUUGGCUGCUGGGUGGGAUCAAGGGAGGCGACACACCGUGCCCUGCUUUUGCGAGGACGAGAUUCCGAAAAGGCGGGCCAUGAGCGUCCCUCCAUGGGAGGAAAAAAGAACGAAAUGAAAAAAAGCGCCAGUUAAAGGCUAAGGCUUCGACGGGUUGAAACGUCACGCUUCGUCUCAUAUUUUAUAUCUAGAGGUUGGGGGAGGCGCUUUCAAACCGAUGUGGCGCUGGAGAUGGCUCGGAGUUUUAUGGUUAUUGUACACUCACGUUGGGGGAUACUGGGUAAUCGGUUGACUCAGUCACGGCCAUGAGCAGGCACGAUUUUGGGGUGGAUUUUGUCUGGAACUCUUGAGUAACGCACCCUCCUCGGUCAUAUCACAUAUUGUAGAUCUAGAUAGAUGUAAAAUAGCAACGAAAUCGCAAAG